AUGGAGCACUCUUCACCUCUCGCCGCUAUGCAACCUCCGUCAGUCAUGUUCGGCCAUUGCUUUCGUUCAGAAGCACCGACAUCUUAUUCUUUGGGUUCAAUGUCCGGGUUUGGUGGGAACCCGUUCAAUUUCAAGGAAUUGUCUAUGAAGAAGUCUAGUUCGGACUACUUCAACGUCAAACCCAUUCGAGGUUCUUCUCCCACAGCCAGUUUGGCUGCUGAUCUUUCUCAGAACUUCCAUAUUGAUCAAAGUCCCCAAUUAGCCACACCACGCCGGUCUUUGUUCACGGCCAGUAUGCUCGGUCAAGCCAAUGGACGUGAUGAUGUGAUGACCACCCCGCCGCUCCCAUCAUCUUCACCAGCACCAGCUAUGGACGUUAUGGAAAUGUCUCCACUGCCUCACAAGCCGGCCUUCUUUGUCACUGCCGAGAUCGAGGUACAGUCUCCGACACCUGGGGGGAGGAAGCGGCCCACUUUCCUGCGUCCCAGUCUGGCGAGGAGCAAGGCUCAGUCUUACCAACUUGGACUCACCCGGCCUUCGCCGGAGAGUAAAGCACCUCCCUUCCGAUUUGGAACUGGAGCCAAGACAUCUCUUAGCACCUCCACUUCUCUGGAGGAUAUGUUUGGGGACUCGCCUCCCCGUGAGCGUCCGAUCUCGCGCAACAAUUCUUCAACUCACCUGGCGCCGCCUCGGAUGCGGCCAUCACUCCACCAUGCUCGUAGCAGCGGCUCGCCCGCCCACAGUUCAAUCCGCAAACCGUCUCAUCCUUUGAUGCGUCCCCGCAAGCAAUGCCGCCGGUCAUUGAGCAUGUUUGAGAACCCAGCAGAUGUUAUUGCCGAUAAAGAGGCCAAGGUAGCAACAAAUACACCCGUCCAGUCCAUCAGUGACAUUUCAAGUCCGCCCAGCAUGAAGCUGCCUCACUUCAUCCCUGAGGAUCGCGCGGACUCUCUGCCUCGCAUCGACAAAAGCACUCUUCUGGAACUCAUGGAUGGCAAAUUCAAUGACCAUUUCGACAACAUUCUCAUCAUUGACUGCCGCUUUGAGUACGAGUAUGAGGGUGGUCACAUCACUGGCGCAUUGAACUAUAACGACAAGGAACGUCUCGCCGGUGAACUCUUCAGUGCCCCUCAGGCCCGCACUGCGCUUAUCCUACACUGCGAGUACUCUGCCCACCGGGCUCCCAUCAUGGCCAAGUACCUGCGACACCAUGAUCGCGCCAUCAAUGUUGAUACUUACCCUAACCUGUCAUACCCUGAUAUGUACAUUCUGGAUGGUGGAUACAGCUCAUUCUUUGCUGAACACCGCUCUCUCUGUUACCCUCAGAACUACGUCGAGAUGAGUGCCAAGGAGCAUGAAUUUGCCUGCGAGCGUGGACUUGGCAAGGUCAAGCAGCGCUCCAAGCUGAAUCGUGCCCAGACUUUUGCCUUUGGUGAACAAUCACCCCAAAUGGAAGACAGCCCAACUGGACGUUGCCGACUUGGCGACAACGAGCGUAACCGCUACUUAAGCUCUCCAUUUUCUCAAAGCCCAGUCCCUGCCCGGACCCCCGGCCGCCGGAUGCUUUCCUGA